AACAGAACAGAGAGAGAGCACACACAGGACUUAACUGUCCACUGUCUGCCCGCUGCACGCUUCUUUUGUGGAGAGUGUGUGUGUCAGAGCUGCCGUCCUUUCAGUGAAGCCAAGUGGACUGAUCACUCACCAGCAUGUGGACUGAAUGUCCACAAAGAGAGCAGGUUCGCCCUGCUCUCGGGGCUAACUGCUAAGCAUGCUGGGUAAGGCUCCACCCACGACCAGUAACCUCAACCUGGUGAACUCUGAAGCUUUUGACAACACGGUUGCCACGGACGCACGCAACUGUAUCAAUAUGGCCGACCUUGUGGAGAGCCUGGAUACCAGAGAGCUGGACAUGGGAGAGGGAGAAGAGAUGGACUAUGAAGGAAAUUCCAUAGGUGACCAGCGUCUCCAAUUUUCAGCGGUGUAUAACACGGUGGGCUUUAAGGAGGCCAGUGCUAAGGUCUACCUGCCCACUGUGCCCAUCACUGCUCGGAUCCUGGAGGUGGAGAGGUUCACCACCGCGCAAGACCGCUUCAACCUGACGCACCACAGGAGUGUGAACAAGUCUCUGCCAGCGGUGUUUCGGAUCGAGCUGAAACAUGGCGAGUUUACCUGGGUGAUCAAGAGGAAGGAGAAACAUUUCAUGGAGCUCCACAGAGAGCUGAGGACGUACAAGACUUUCAUGAGGAUACCGCUGCCGUCACGCAGCCACACAGUGAGGAGAAGGACAGUGAGGAAGAGCGAAGUGAGGGAGAUGCCAUCCCUGCCGAGGGGAGGGGGCGACGACCUGGUGCGAGACGAACAGGUUUCCAGCAGGAGGAGACAAUUAGAAGACUAUUUGAACAAGCUGCUGAGGAUGGCCAUGUACCGCAAAUAUCACCACACUAUGGAGUUCAUUGAUGUCAGCCAGCUGUCAUUUAUUCACGACUUGGGACCCAAAGGACUGGAAGGGAUGAUCUAUAAGCGUUCAGGCGGACAUCGCAUCCCUGGCAUGAACUGCUGUGGUCACAGCCAGGCCUGCUACCGCUGGUCCAAACGCUGGCUGGUGGUGAAGGACUCAUGCCUGCUGUACAUGAAGCCGGACUCUGGGGCCAUCUCCUUUGUCCUGCUGUUGGAUAAAGAGUUCAGCAUCAAGAUGGACUCCAAAGACACAGAGACCAAACACGGAGUCCGGAUUGAGAGCCUUUCCAGGACUCUGGUGUUUAAGUGCAGCAGCUACAGACACGCACGCUGGUGGGGUCAGAGUAUCGAGAGCUUCGUGAGGAGCCAUGGGAAAGCUUUCCUACGAGAUCACCGCUUUGGAUCGUUUGCACAGGAACAGGAAAACAUCCCUGCCAAAUGGUACGUUAACGGAAAGACUUACAUGGAGGAUGUGGCUGACGCCUUGGAGGAGGCUAAAGAAGAAAUAUUUAUCACUGACUGGUGGCUGAGUCCAGAGAUAUUCUUGAAGAGACCUGUCGUAGAGGGCAACAGGUGGAGGCUAGACUGCACCCUCAGGCGCAAAGCACAACAGGGAGUUCGCAUCUUUGUGAUGUUGUAUAAGGAGGUGGAGCUCGCGCUGGGCAUCAACUCCGGCUACAGCAAGAGAACCCUCAUGCACCUGCAUCCCAACAUCAAGGUGAUGCGUCAUCCAGACCACGUCUCCUCCUCCGUUUAUCUGUGGGCGCAUCACGAGAAGAUUGUCGUCAUCGACCAAUCGGUGGCAUUCGUGGGCGGGAUUGACCUGGCGUACGGACGCUGGGAUGACAGAGAACACCGGCUGACGGAUGUUGGCAGCGUGACUCGUUCCGUGGCCCUGGAGCAGGCCGCCACCAACAACGCUCCAUCCUCCAAGAGCGUGUCCUCCGUCGAUGCCAUCUCCACGAGCAACGGACAAGGGACCCCGCCUAGUGAUCCGGUGGACUUGCCCAAGCUGAAGGGGGUCGGACGCAACAGGAAGUCUCGCUUCAGUCUGUACAGACACCUGCACAAGCACAGUCUGCAGCAUGCGGACAGCGUCAGCAGCGUGGACAGCGCAGGGAGUGGUUCAGUGCAAAGCCUGAAGACGGGUGUUGGAGAGUUACAGGGUAACACGCGCUUCUGGCAUGGAAAAGACUACUGCAACUUUGUCUACAAGGACUGGAUCCAGUUGGAGAAACCUUUUGAUGACUUCAUCGACAGGUACCAAACUCCCAGAAUGCCCUGGCACGACAUCGCCUCAGUGGUUCAUGGCAGAGCUGCUCGGGAUGUGGCCAGACACUUCAUUCAGCGCUGGAACUUCACUAAGAUCAUGAAGCCAAAGUAUCGCUCUCUGUCUUAUCCAUUCCUGCUGCCCAAGUCUCACUCCACCGCCAAUGAGCUCAAAUACCAAGUCCCUGACUGUGUGGAUGCCAAAGUGCAGGUGCUGCGGUCAUCAGCAGAUUGGUCGGCAGGCAUAAAGUACCACGAGGAGUCCAUCCAUAAUGCCUACAUCCAGGUCAUCGCUAAGAGCAAACACUACAUCUACAUAGAGAACCAGUUCUUCAUCAGCUGCGCCGACAACAGGAUGGUCUUCAACAAGAUCGGAGACGCCAUCAUCGAAAGGAUCAUCCGAGCGCACAAGGAGGGUAAGAAGUACCGUGUCUAUGUCGUCACCCCUCUGCUUCCUGGAUUCGAAGGAGACAUCACCACGGGAGGAGGGAACGCCCUGCAGGCUGUCAUGCACUUCAACUACAGAACCAUGAUCAGAGGAGACCACUCCAUCAUCUCCCAGCUGAAAAAGGAGAUGGACGACCAGUGGAUGAACUACAUCUCCUUCGCCGGUCUGCGGACUCACGCUGAGCUGGAGGGACGCCUGGUGACAGAGCUCAUCUACGUCCACAGCAAGAUGCUCAUCGCUGACGACAACACAGUCAUCAUCGGUUCUGCUAACAUCAACGACAGGAGCAUGCUGGGUAAACGCGACAGCGAGGUGGCGGUGAUCAUUGAGGACUCGGAAAAGGUUGCCGCGGUGAUGGACGGACAGGAGUAUGAAGCCGGACCCUACGCACUUCAGCUUCGCCUCGAAUGCUUCAGGACUAUCCUAGGAGGCCACACGGACACCGGUAUUGACCUGUCUGACCCCAUCAGUGAUCGCUUCUAUAAGGAGGUGUGGAUGACCACAGCUGGCCGCAAUGCCACCAUUUAUGAGAAGGUGUUUCGCUGCCUUCCUUCGUCCCUGGUGAGGAACAUGUCCGAGCUGGAGCAGUACCAGUCCAAACCGGGUUUGGCCCAGACCGACAAGACUCGCGCUCAGGAGGAGCUGCGCAAAAUCCGUGGCUUCUUGGUCCAGUUUCCUCUUGACUUCCUGUCUGAGCAGAACCUCAUGCCCUCUGUUGGAACGAAGGAGGCCAUGGUCCCAACUGAGAUCUGGACAUAAAGGACGUGUUACCACUUGUCAGCCACUUACACACUCGUCUGAAACUGUGUUUUUCUUGAGCAUCAUGAGUGAAGCAUCUGGAUUGUGGUUGUCAUUGUGGAUUUGAAGGAGAUCGCCCUCAAUCCGGAGAUGAGAGGCAGUUUCAUGAGGAUCGAUAUGACUAUCAGAUCUGUUUCUGCUGAAAAAACACUAAACUGUACAGCUUCUCGGGUAAGCGCCAAGUUUUUGGGACGUAUGAAGAACAAAAAGAAAUCACACUCAUGGACAACAGUUCUGAGUGUAUCGUGACUGCAAGCUGUGGAGAUGGGGGAAAAAAAGGCACAUGAACUUUGGGGUUUUGGGAAUCAAACUCGGGGCGCUUAGACCUUUGGACUGUUGGAAAAAGCUCACAAGACAGCGAGGAUUUCUAAGGGACCAGGGUGAGGCCGUAGUAAAACUUUUGACAGUGAUGCUGAAAAAACAUUCAGCUACUGAUACUUCAUAAAAAAAAACGCAAAACACACAUGCAUGUGUUUUACUGCGUUCGCGAUGUGUGCUCGUAAGGUGCGUCAGUGCUAUGUACGCUGUUUGUGAGCUGCUCACAAAUCCAGAACACAUGCUCAGAGACAAUUUUACUGGUCCAGCAGCGGUGCAUGAUUAACUAACUGUGCUCAAACCUUGUUAUUAUGAUUGCUAUUAUGCAUGUACCAAUCACAUCUUUGAAAAA